GCUUGGUGCUCAGGGGAAGCAGAGGUUGGGGAGACGGUUUGUUUCGGCGGUGCAGGGUCGCUUCUAGCAGCCAGAGCGCCCCACUUCUUCUGUUAAGCUCGGCCAGUUUCCCACGCGCGGGUGCGAGGCUGCUAAACGCGGUGGCUCUCUCGCUUCUUUUUUCUUUAAGGGCGAACCAGGAAACGGAGGAGGGAACUUUCUCAUUACCCAAAACAGAAGGCAAGCAGGCAGCAGGGCGAUGGUGGCGCAGUUUCAACAGAAGCUCUUCUGGCUGGUGGCGGCUGGCCUGGCUGUGACCCUGCGCACCAGCCAGGCAGAGGUCUCCAUCGUCCUUCGCAGCGACCAGGAGGGUCCUGUCCUUGAGGGCGGGAACGUGACUCUGGAGUGCCUGGGCGAUGAAGGAGAGGAGAUGAGCGGAUUCACUUUCCAGAAAUACAGCAAGUGGCUCCACUCCUGGAUCUCCCUCGACAAAGCCAGCCAGAUGCGCUGCUGGUUUUACGACGUCAGCGUCAGCUACGAUGACGGCCGCCUUCAGCUGACCAUCAGUGGACUGAAAUCUUGGCACGCCGGACCCUACCGCUGCACCGGCUCCAACGUCACCAGCAACGCCUCUGUCUCCAAUGAGCUGGACCUGCAGAUGGAAUAUCUGCACAGCAUCCUCCUUGCUCGCACAAACACCUGGUGUGGGACAGUAGGAGAUUCUGUCACAAUGCUUGAAGGCAGCGACCUGAACCUUCGAUGCUCUGCAGGCUCUUCGAAGCCCCCGCUCUACGAAUGGACCCGAGAGGGAGACGACUGGGUUCUGGUCUCCAGCGACUUGACGCUUUCCAAGGUGAACCGGGAGCAAGCCGGGACCUACACUUGCCGGGCGCAACACCCCACCUUGCCCCAGUUGACCAAGAGCAAGUCGAUCCAUCUGUAUGUGGAGGGGAGCGAGCGCGGAUUCACCCUCGAGUCCGUGCUGUCCCUUAGCACCCCGAUGUUGGCCCUGGCUGUGGCAUUGCCUGCAGUGCUGCUACUGCUGGUGAUUUUGGUCUUCGCCUUCCUGAUCCCCCGGCAUCGGGCAGCUGCCAAGAAGAAAGCUGGCCUGGAAGACUCCGGCCAGCGUACCCCAAUCUACAAAGGCAGCCUGGAGUCUGUGCCUUCCUCCGUUGGAGAUACGCAUCCCCUGGUGAUGUAAUAAAGAGACACAGGGUGAAAUGGAUCUCCCUCCUUUCUUUUGUCACUUUCAAGAUCCAGCUUCUUCGGAAACUAUGGGAUGGUGGGGAUGCUAACAAUGUACAGAGGUUGUUUUUGUGUAUAUGUUUGGGGCAGUCAUUGAGUUUCUUUUUUGGAAAGGAGGGAAGUUGGAGCUAUCGAGACCAAAAAUGUAAGGGGCGAUGGUGAUGCUGAAGUGUGUAUGAAUCCCCCCUCCCCUUUCUGGGUUACUUGUUCUUUGCCUGCAGUUCUACCCUUCAUGAGGAUGAGAUGUUCUUUUCUGCCAACGGACUGCUUUUCGACCUUUUGCUUGUCCUCGCAAGUGUUAGCCCUUUCCGGUUCAGAGGGACGCAUGCCGCCCUCUGUUUUGCUUCCGGUCGAUUGGCGAGAGUUAAGCGCAGAGCCACUGCAGAAAGUCUGUGCCCUGCGGGAUUAAACCUGACCCCUUCACGCCGGAACUUGCCCCCUAGUUCCCUACUGACUGUUUCGCUUGCCGAGUGUGGCUGGAUUUUUUUUAAAGAUCCCACCCAGGACAGGAACAUCCUGGGCUCCUUGGAGAGGAAAGGCAUGGUAUAAAUUAUAUAUAUAUAUAAUAUAAUAUUAAGCUAAGUUUAACCACUUUCUAAAAUCCCCUGAUUUCUUCCUGCCGAGAGCUCUCAUCCUGGAGUCUUGGGGGCAUCUGCCAUUGCUGGUUUUUUUAAUCUCUUUCUGCAGCAGACUCUGGAUUUCUGCCUGACAAGGCAAAAAGCAGGGCUAAAUAAUUAGCAGUCACUUUGUUCCUGUAGCGAUUGUUGAGGAGUUCUCCCACUUUUGGGGAGGGAGGGGGGUUCUGCUCCUUGCUUCGAAAUGUAACCCCUGCUCAGGGUUCCUUGGGGUUCUCUCUUUCUGUGCCUUCCUUGGCCUCCGCCUCCGCUGCAGUCCUGCACCAAAACGCGCAGAGCCUUCUUGCUUGAGCUCUGUGCUAGUUCCGAGACCAGGAAGCAGCAAGAUGUGCCUUGGCAUUUCGCUAUUAUUUGCAUGCUAACACGCCGGGGGGGGGGGGACGGUAUUGUAAAGAGGAGUGAGUGUAUAUCAUGCUUGUCUCUGCAGCACGCAGUUUAAAUGUCCCCCUAUCCGGCACUUCCUUUCAUCAAAAUAAAAAAUAACAAAAUCUU